AGUGCUGCCGGUGGCAGCCGAGCUCACCGUGCCCCAGUGUGUGAGCUGGUGCUGCCAUCCGGGCUUAGGGACACCUGGGACAUGGGGCUGUGCUGCCAUCCCAGGUUAGGGACACCUGGGACAUGGGGCUGUGCUGCCAUCCGGGCUUAGGGACACCUGGGACAUGGGGCUGUGCUGGCACCAAGGACAUUCCCGGCAGGGAGGACCCUUCCAGGUGAGACAGGCACCUGAGGCCAUGCAGAGGAAGGAAGGCAGGCAGGGGGCACAGGAAAGACUCAACAGGGCAGGGACAGAGAGGUGCACCAGGACUGAGAUCCAGAACCAGCUUUAAUGGUUUAGGCAUGGAGGUGGCACCAAGCCAGCUGGUGAUGCUGGGGGUGUGCUCUCUGGGCUGUGGGGUGACGCUCACAGGCGGAAAACACGGAGAACCUUCAGUCCUGCAGCUGCUGGUGCUGCCUGCCCUGUGCUGAGAGGAGCUGCAGCACUGCAGAGCCCUGUGUCCCCCCACAUGCCAGGGUGGCAUCACGGCACAGCCCUGGGCUGCUCCCAGCACGGCACUGCCAGGCUCUACACCAGAGCGUCCCUGCCCUGGGAAUGCUGUGCCAAGCAGCUGCACAGGCACCAAGAGCUCCACAUCCCAGUUCUGGAGAGUUCAUGGCUCAUGGCAGCUCCUGGAAGACAGCAAAAAACUCUUCCCAGCCCUGGCAUCACCCUGGGAUGGGCAGAGCUGCCCAAAGGGCGGAGGGGAGCUGGGGCAGGGGAUGAAGGAAGAAGCCCAUCUGCCACCUCUCCCUCUCCCCUCUCACACCUCUGCCCCUGCUCCCAGCUUUCCCUACAGCGUUCCAGCAGCUUCAAGGACUUCAGCAAGUCCAAGGUCAGCUCCCCCGUGUCAAGCGAGGAGUUCAACCUGGAGGAGAAUAUCCCUGAGGAUGAUCCCAGCAGCGGCGGUCCGGAGGAGGCCGUGCGGAGCAGCAGGACGAAGCUGGGUAGGAAGUGGCGGGCGGUCAUCUCUCGCACCAUGAACCGCAAGAUGGGCAGGGCGGCUGUGAGAGCGCUGGCCGAGGGGAAGGGAGAGGUGGAGGAGGAGGGGUCCCCGUGCCCGCUGUCCCCAGCCAGCAGCGUGGAGGAGCAGAGCCAGGACAAGGUGCCCCUGUCGUACCUGGAGCAGGACGAGGAGGAGGACGGGCGCCCAGCCCUCGGACGCCAGAUGUCCAGCGGCAGUGACAUUGCCAGCCCUGGCGAUGCCGGGGACAGCCGGCAGCUGGAGGAGGCCGUCCCAGCCUACACUGGCCCCUUCUGCGGCCGGGCCCGCGUCCACACCGACUUCACCCCCA